AUGCAAAUGAACGACAUACACACACAUAUGCAGGGAAAGCAACAGAAAAAAAAAUGUACCACCAUUUACCUAAGUAUCUUGGAACGUGUGUACACAAAUAUAUGUGGUUCUUUGUUUAUUAAAAUGUUGUAA